AUGAACAAUGUCACAGAAAGAAGACGAUCAGUAGAUUCAUUUGACCGAGCCUUCCCCGAAAAUAUUCAAGACAACAGCAGUCAAGAUGAAGAAGAAGACGACGACGACGAUGAAGACGAUCAAGAGUCCGAACUUGAUAUUAUGGGUGAUUCUUCCCAAGAAUCUGAUCAAGAAGGCCACCAAAGACAGCCUUAUAGCACCUCCUCAAACCUGUUCGAAUUCCAUUUUGAAUUUGGCUCUAAACGUCCACCAACCACAACUUUUAUACCAUCCGAAGAUGAGCAAAAUUCAGAUCGGGAAGACCAGGAUGAAGACCAAUCCGACCAUGAAUGGGAGAAAGAGGGUAAGUCACGUUACCCAGUAUCCCUUAUAUUGCAACUUUCUAGUCUAACCUUUUUACUCUUCUUUUCUUUUUAUGUUAUGGAAGAUACUAAACAGUUCCCGUCUGCAACUGAUGAAGCUUUACAAGUGUAUGAGAACAUUUCCGCUAAUAUCUACAUUGGUUCAGCAACAGGUCGAUCAAUGGCAGAGGAAUCUAUGCCAUGUGAAUGUAAAUACGAUUCAGAAUUAGACAACCCUUCUGAAGCUUGUGGGGAUGACAAUAUUUGUAUUAAUCGCAUGAUGUUCAUGGAAUGUAUUGUACAAGAUUGUCCUUGCGGAAGGUUAUGUCAGAAUAGACGAUUUCAGUUAGGUCAAUAUGCUCCAGUGGAUGUUAUCAAGACCGAGAAGAAAGGAUUUGGUUUGAGAGCACUCGCCGAUCUUCCUUCUAAUUGCUUUAUCAUGGAAUAUAUCGGUGAGGUGAUACCACAGACAGAGUUUAUAAGAAGAACGAGGGAAUACGAUGCCGAAGGAUUUAAACAUUAUUAUUUCAUGACACUUAAAAACGACGAGAUUAUUGAUGCCACUAAAAGAGGUUGCUUGGCAAGAUUUAUGAAUCAUUCUUGCAAUCCGAACUGCGUUACACAGAAAUGGGUUAUUGGCAAAAAAAUGCGAAUUGGUAUAUUCACGAGUCGUCCAAUAAAGGCAGGUGAAGAAUUAACAUUUGAUUACAAAUUUGAACGUUAUGGUGCUAUUGCUCAAAAAUGUUACUGCGGUGAACCGAGAUGUAAAGGUUUUAUUGGUGCUUCUGACGAAAAAGUGAUCGAAGAAGUGUUGACUGAUACAUAUUUAAACACAUCCGAUUCCGAUUCCUCAUCUGAUGAAGACGAUGAUGAUGAUGAUCUCGAUGUUAUCACAAUACAACGGCCACAACCACUUCAAGAUCCUGAAAAAGUACAAUCUUUUGUGAAACGCAUGCUUAAUUCAGUUGGUAAACCUCGCCUGGUGAACAAACUCCUUAUGCGACUAAAAAUGACCAAUGUGGAUAAUUCUCAUGGAAGAGAGAUAUUGAAAAUGAUUGUAAGAUUGCAUGGAUUGAAAAUGUUGAAAUUCUGGUUAGGAGAAUGGAAAAAUAACGAAACUAUUGUUUUGAAGGCCUUGCAAGUUUUAGAAAAACUACCUUUAGCAAACAGAAAUGGAUUGGAAGAUUGCAAAUUAUUUCAUGUGGUACACAAAUUUAUAAAUCAUGAAAAUGAAGAAAUAAGUGGAUUAUCACAGUAUUUAUUGGAUGAAUGGAGUGAUUUAAAAUGUGUUUAUCGUAUACCAAAGAGAGCUCAUGUCGAGUUAAUUCAGCCCGCUAUUGAUGAAGAAGAUAUACUAGAAGAGCAAAUGGACAUAACAACAAAAAAAAUUACAACUCUUUCCAAGAAGAAAAAGAAGAAGACGAGGUAUGAAUCGAGCAGAGAAUUUUUUGAUCCAGACAACGAUUACUUCGAAUAUGUUUCUAUCGAUGCGACUCAAGAAGAAAUUACAUUUAAAAUGCGAUAUCCGCCUCAAUCUCUUAUUCCAACCGCUCCCAAAGCCAUGUUGGAUCCAUCCACUUCAACUAUUCAAUUUUAUACAGAAUAUUAUCAAGAUCCAUAUAAUUAUAGCCAAUUUUAUUAUGAGGCUGCUGCUGCUGCAGAAGGUAUGACUUUGCAAGAGUAUUACUACGCAUUCCAACAACAGACACUUAAAUUACCGUUAAAUUGGCAAAUGGCCGUGACAAAUGAUGGAUCCGUUUAUUAUUAUAACAUUUCGACACAGCAGACACAGUGGGAAAUACCAAUAGAAGAUCAGCCUCAACAAAUAUCAAUCGAAGGUGUUGCGGAUCCACUGCAGUUGGAAGGAUUGGUAGAACAAGCUAUAUUAGACUCAGAAGAAAUUAAGAGAAAACGGCUCUUGCUAGAUGAUCAUAGUAGUACGGAAAGCCCGAAGGAUGAAGUAUCGACUAGUGGCUCGAUAGAUGAAAACGUUUCCUUUUUAAAUGAUGUGGAUUUGAAAAGAGAAGUGGGUAAAAUUGUAACUAAAUAUCUUAGUUCAAAAAAGCAAGCACUGUGGAAAGGUGACAAACAUUUAUUUAAAGAAUUGGCUAGAAAGGUAACACACCAUAUUGUAGAUAAGGAAACCCAGUCGGAUAGAAAAAUAAAAGCGAUGGACACUCCACUACGUAUAAAAAUCGAAAAAUUUAUCGAUACGUACGGCACAGAUUAUGUGGCAAAAUUAACACAGUCAAAACUUAGUAUAUCUUCAAGCAGCUCACCGUCGACUCGCUAA